AUGAUUGCGGCCACCGGAUUGGAUCCACUGAUCAGGUGUUCUGUAAUCACCACUGAUCCUGGACUCAUAUUCGCUUUUGUUGAGAGGUGGCAUAGGGAGACGAGCAGUUUCCACCUCCCAGUAGGGGAGGUGACGAUGACUCUAGACGACGUUUCAUCACUCCUGCACAUUUCGAUUACUAGCGCGCUGCAUUCAUUCGAGCCGCUGGUUACAUCUGACGCAGUGGCCCUAUUGACGGAGCUACUUGAGGUCACCCCAGACGAGGCUACAUCUGAGACACGUCAGGCAGGCGGACCUCAUGUUCUAUUGUCCUGGCUUUGGGACAUGUACCAGAGUAGGUGUCGGGCCAGGCAAUGGGUUGUUGCAGCUCGGACGUACCUCCUUCAUUUGGUUGGUUGCACUCUUUUCGCUAACAAGAGUGCAACCUAUGUCCAUGUUGUGCACCUGCAGGCAUUCAGGGACCUGGGCCAGGCAGGGGCAUUCUCUUGGGGAGCGGCCGCUUUGGUCCACUUGUACGAUCAGCUUAACGAGGCGUCGCAGGCCCUUACACAGCAUAUGUGCUGGAUUUACGAGCACUUUCCAUCGGUCCACAGGUGUGUUGUUGACGAUGGUUAUGCUGAGGCUAGUCCACGUGCUUGUAGGUGGCUUACGGGUAAAGCCCAGAUGACCGGGAUUAAGGGAGCCCCUUACAGAGCACGUAUUGAUGCCCUGACAGUGACCGACGUCUGUUGGAUGUCGUAUGCUAAGCAUCGAGGAGUUCGGGGCUAUGACUUGAUCUCCUCGUACACGAGGCAAGUCAGAUGGGGUCAGAUCAUCGUCUACAUUCGACCAGAGAGGGUGGUUCAGCAGAUGGGGUACAUUCAGACCGUUCCUCCGCCACCGGUUCAUGAUUCGUUGACAGGUACUGAUAUAGACGACCGGUGGGUACACUUUUCAGAUCAUGUGGUGCCUACAGGGGAGCUCUGUGUAGUUCCUGGGCAGGUGGCCCCAGACUACAUGGAGUGGUUUUUUCAGAUUUCGCACCCUUGUGUGACGCCGACGGAGGACACUGUUGAUUGCACAGCAUGUAUCAGGAUUGGAAGGAUUGCUGAGCAUUUGGAGCGGGUCAUCAACCUCAGGAUGGUGACUGAAGGGACUGACUUAUAUGAUAUCAUGGAUCUUUGUCUGAGGAUAGCUAGAGAUGACGACCCAGAUGACAGUCUUAGGCCGCGACAGAGACCCCGCAUAGAUUAA